AUCGUGUUCUGCGUUCUGCUCCAAAAUAAAGCGCACUUAUUGUAAACACAUAAGUUCAUCAGAGAGAGUAUUUCACUUUUUGCCAAGAUAAUUGGAUAAUUUGUUAUUACGAUCAGACGUAACACUGUGACCAAAACUGUAAUACCGAGCGAUGUUGAAGCCAAAAGCCCUCACCCACGUUUUGAGUCAAGCUAACACUGGAGGUGUUGAAAAUACGCUAUUACUCAACAAAGACGGAAGAUUACUAGCGUACAGCGGUUAUGGCGAUAAUGACGCUCGAGUAACAGCUGCUAUCACAACAAACAUUUGGUCAGCAUAUGAAAAAAAUGGGCGAUACGCUUUUAAGGGAGACGAGCUUAAAUAUGUUCUUAUGGAGUGCACAGAAGGAAAAGUUGUUAUCACAGAGGUAGCAAAUUUAUUGCUUUGUUUGUGUGCAAGACAAAAUGUUGGCUUUGGACUUUUGAGAGAAAAGGCACAGGCUUUGGCAACAUAUUUAGACCAACCCUUAAAAACAAUAGCAAGUAUGCCAUGAACAACAGUUGUUUAUAUAAAUUUUUUUUAAUGUUAAUUAAUUUAAAAGAUAUAUUUAUGACUGACCCCUAGCAUUAAUAAAAAAAAAUUAUUUUUAGUGAUGCAUAUUUGUUAUCAUAUACGAAGAUAAAAAAUUUUUUUUCAUACACAAUAAGUUUGUUUAUUCUUAUUUUUUUAUUCGGUUUUUUUCAGUACAAUUCACAAUUGAUACAAACAAUACGUAUGUUUUUUUUUUUCAUUUACUUCAUGUCUCGUGUCUCCUUGAGUUUUUUUAAUACAUGCAUACGGUUGAAGAUAUAUUUGUAAAAUCCAUUAUAAGUAUACGUAUUUUUAUAGUCAUCUAUAAAUCUUUUAUACUUCGUCGCUCUGUGGAAGCUGUUGUUUGUCGAUUUUACUAUGUACAUCUUUACUUAUUGCAAACGACUUGCUUUUACGCAAUUACAGUACAAAAGUAUUGGUUGAGUUCGAAUCGUAUAUGCAAUCCACAAUACAUUGAUGGUAAUAUAUUUUUUUUUUUAAAGAUCUUUUACACUUAAUUAUUUCUUUCUUUUCUUUCCCCUUGUUUUUUUUAAU